AUAGCCUUACCUAUCUAUCCUGCUUUGCGUGUCAAAUUCGGUCUUUCAUUUCUCUCUCCCUCUUUGCAGUACAAUUCUCGAACACAGAAAAAGAAAAAAGAAAACUAGGGUUAGGGUUUGGGUUUAACUCAGUCGAGCUAAAUGGAAGAAAUCACGGACGGAGUGAACGCCAUGAACCUGGUCGGAGAUUCCCACAAGAAGAACCGAAUCCAAGUCUCCAACACGAAGAAACCCUUGUUCUUCUACGUCAAUCUCGCCAAGAGGUAUAUGCAACAGCAUAACGAGGUUGAGCUCUCUGCUCUUGGAAUGGCUAUUGCCACAGUCGUUACAAUAGCAGAAAUUUUGAAAAACAAUGGAUUGGCUGUUGAGAAGAAGAUCAUGACCUCAACUGUUGAUAUCAAGGAUGACUCGAGGGGGCGACCCAUCCAAAAAGCAAAGAUUGAAAUAUUGCUGGGGAAGACUGAAAACUUUGAUGAAUUGAUGGCGGCUGCUGCAGAGGAAAGGGAAGCUGCAGAGGCCGAAGAGCAAGGUUGAAGGGGUUUGUUUUGUAGUGUCUGGUUUGGCUUGUUCUUGUUGUUCUAAUACUGGUGAAUGCACUUUAUUGUCAAUUUUAUUUUAGGAGAUUUGUAGGUAUCUAAAACAUUGUGAUCCUGAGGAGUUUGUUAACCUUCCGUGAAAAUUUUGUCUAGUGUAGAAACCAAAACUGUCUGUUAUUCAAAAGUUGAUUCUCUUAUCUAAAUUUUGGCUUCUGUUUUGUCAA